AUGGAUCAUUCUCGCGAUCCUUGCCCUUGGGUUGCCCUCUCCGAUUUCGGCGGAGCUUUCUCAAUGGGCGCGUUAGGAGGCACGUUAUGGCACGGUAUCAAAGGGUUCAGAAAUUCUCCUUACGGCGAACGAAGAAUAGGGAUGAUCACAGCCAUCAAAGCUCGAGCGCCUGUGACCGGAGGCAACUUUGGCGUUUGGGGUGGUAUGUUCAGCACGUUUGAUUGCGCAGUCAAAGGAAUCAGAAAGAAGGAAGAUCCCUAUAACUCCAUAAUCGCUGGAUUUUUCACCGGUGGGGCCCUGGCCAUACGAGGAGGCUAUAAGGCAGCAAGAAAUGGUGCAAUCAUGUGUGCGAUCUUCCUGGCUGUCAUCGAAGGAGUGAGUAUUGGUCUUCAGCGAUUGAUGGCCGAGAAUACAAGACUCGAUCUUCCUCCUCCGGGAACAGUGCCACCGGAUUCAUCGGGACGUAUGGCUGCGUGA